UCUUCCGCAAACAUGAGACAUGUCAGCUGGCUGAGAGAGAUGACAGGUACACUACACAGCGAAAAUAAACAAGCGCAGAUGAAAUAAACACGAGCGGACAAACAUUAGACGAUACGUGCGUUGCAUCUCGAGCUUCAGAAAGUGAACCAACGUGUGCCGCGUGAGCAGAAAUGUGUUGACGCGCACGAUAACAGCAACUUCAGUUUAGAAAUAAACUCGUUACAGAAGAAAGUGGAUUGUUUUAUAAUUAAAGCAGAUGUUUGGACUUACACUUUGCACAGAAUCGCUAAAUUCGAGAGAUUAAACGCGAAGGAGUCGAGAACUAUGUUUAGUGCUUCUUGUGACAGGAAGUAGAUUUGCGACAAAUACUUUCCUACACAUCUAGUUAGCUAGGUCUGUUGCAACAGCCCGCCGCUCUCGUGUGUUGUUUUUCAAGUUAGGCUUGAUAAGUUAACCCUGCAAUGCCUUUCAGAGCUGGUGGCCACUCCUAGCAUUUACUGCUGUACAAUACGGCGAUCUCCCUCCACCGCAGUAGUUUAUGAGUGAUCUAUUAAAGAUCAUUGGAGCAAAAGACAGACCAUGUGGCUGCAGCAGAGAUUAAAGUGCCUGCCUGGUUUGCUUUCCAGCAGCUGGGCCCGUCGUGUUUUAGUCGGAUUUCUGCUCUUCCUCAUUUUUUACUGGUACUCGAGCUCAGAUGGGAUCCUAAAGUUUUUGAGCCUCUCUAGGGAAUCUGGGGGAGCUGCAGGGGUGUGUUUGCAGACUGAUAUUAACAGGUGGGUGUCCCUGGUUGACAGAGGGGAGGGAGUGGUUUACACCCCACAGACGAAAGACUCAGUACCGUUUGUUGUGGGUAAUGGACAUUUUUUGGUUGAUGUGGACUCUAACAAACUCUGGGUAGCGUCGUCUUCACAGCCCGGGUCUGCACCGGUUCACCAGACAGAGUACUCCCCAAUAGUGCGGCUGCAGAUGGCAGGAGCGUUCUCGGAGGCGAGGGCUAUGAUGCUGUUUUACCGAAAAGGUUCUGUGCUAUCUUCUCGAUGCAUUCUGACAAGUAACUCUCAGUCCACUCGAGAUUGCAUCAUUGUUCGAGAGGAGUUUGUCGCCCAUCGCAGCCGAUCCAAUGUUUAUCUCCAGAGGAUUCACAUAUCGAAUCCUACGGACAGUGCGGUUUCUUUUGACGUGUCCAUCGAGUCUCGUUCUUUUAGGAGCACCACGGAGAAGAUGGAGGAAAAAGAAUUCAUGCUGUCCUCGGGUAGGGUGCUCACGGAGAGAAAGGAUUUCGUGUUUGUGGUGGUAGCCACAAACAGAUUGAGCACAAAAAUUCUAAUCCCUGCCAAAUCGGAAUAUUCAGAAACUGUGGUGAGUGUGAUUCACACCUUGGAGCCCACCGAGGGUGCGAAACUGGAUGAGACCCUUGGCAAGCUCAGAGAAGGAGUCAAGAGAGAGAUGGUGGAUGCUCUCCGACCUAAUGUGGAAGAAUUAAUGCAAGAGCACCAGCAAGCAUGGGUGGAUCUCUUCAUAUCUGGUGUAGAGAUCAGAAAGAUAACAGACGCGCACACUCCGUCCAGUCGCACAGUCAACAACACCCUCUACUACAUCCUCUCCACCUCCACAGCACCCUUGCUGGAUCCGAGUCUCACCGCUGAAGAGCAUGAAAAGCUGGAGUCCAGUUUAAACUAUGCUGACCACUGCUUCAGCGGUCACGCUACCAUGCACGCCGAGAACCUGUGGCCGGAACGCCUGACCAAUGUCGCUCAGAUUCUGCAGCUUGUCAACCUCUGGAACUUGACUUUCCAGAAAAGAGGCUGCAAGGUGCUUGUUGUGGCAGGCGCUCACGGUAUGAUGCAGGGCAUGGUGCUUAGUUUCGGAGGUCUGCAGUUCACCGAAAACCAUCUCCAGUUUCAGGCCGACCCGGACGUUCUUCACAACAGCUACUCUUUGAGGGGCAUCCAUUACAAUAAAGACCUCAUCAAUUUGGCCGUGUUGCAGGAUGCCGAAGGAAAGCCCUUCCUGCACGUGUCUGUCAAGCCCCAAGAGAAACCCGUAAAGUUGUACGCCUGCGAAGCCGGGUGCAUGAACGAGCCCGUGGAGCUGACGUCGGAGCUGCGAGGUCACACGUUUCCUGUGAUGGUGACCCAGCCCAUAACACCCCUACUGUACUUCUCCACUGAUCUCACUCAUUUGCAGGACCUGAGGCACACCAUGCACGUUAAAGCCAUCUUGGCCCACGAGGACCACAUGGCCAAACAGUACCCGGGGCUGCCGUUCCUUUUCUGGUUCAGCGUGGCGUCCCUCAUCAUACUCUUCCACCUAUUCCUCUUUAAACUCAUCUACAACGAGUACUGCGGGCCAGGAGCCAAGCCGCUCUUCAGGAGUAAGGAUGAUGUCAUUAUUUGAAGCCCAGUGUUUGCAGACACAUUAAAUACGGAUCUCCUCUCAGGAUUGAGUUUAACAGGGUUGCAGGGGAAAUUGUAUUAAAUUUUGCUCUUCCAUUUUGCUGUGUUUAUUUAACACUUUGAUUGUUGUCGAUUAUUUGUGAUAUAAGGUUGAAGUUUAUUCAGUGCUUGAUUAGAUUUUUAUUUAAAAAAAAAUAGAUUAAUUAUAAAAAAUUAAAAUGAUGAAGGAUCCAAAUAAAUUUAUUCUUUGAAGCUCACAAGCACAACAACAAUAAAAUUUUCACUGGAAAACAACAACUGAUAUGCAGCUAUCUUUAAACUUAUUCAUUCUUUUUAUUUUUUAAUUCCUAUCCUCAUACUUUAAGGUUGUUUAGGAUUAUGAAGUACUGAUUGUUUGAUAGCGUACCUUUAUCUAUGCCAUAGAUGCAACUUUGACAGUUCCAUGUGCUUUUAUACAAUUUAAUAUUCAUUUUUCAGCAGUUUAAAGCAGUCAUAAAAGGCCUACACAUGCACACAGGACAUCCGUUAUGCCCUCAUGAUCCCUUUUCAUACCAAGAAUUGCAUUGCAUUCUAUACACAAAGGGUUCAAACGACAUGUAAAUAAUAAUUCAUUUUUUGAGUGAAUGAAAACUUAUAUGUUCCAGUAUAAUUGGUAGCACUGUGUUAGCGUUACAAAGGUCAUGAUUUGAAACCAGAACUAAAGCAGCUACGGAGCCACCAAACAAAGACUGUAGAUUGUAAGACUGACACCAAAUGGCUGAAUCCAUGAGGCAUUUUCUAAAAACAUGAAUUCCUGUGAGAAUCAACAUUUCUCAAAGAGUUCACAUCUACCUCCAAGACAACAACCCCACUAUGUGAAGACAGAAGAGUCACACCUCACCAAGACCACAUCUGUUCUCUCUGUUGUUUCAUUUAAAAUGUCUCAUUGGGAUUGGUACAAUAGUCUCACCCACAUAACAAUAGAAUACAUUGAUGAACUGUAAUAAUAAAUAAGGCAAACUUCACUCAGUGUUGAACAUGUAAACCAGUCCAGAUUUGGUGCAGCCCCUGGGUCCACAAGACCCAAUAGCUAACAAAUCCCAAUCAUUAUUACAAUGCUUUGUUCUCUCUGGAUAUUUAAGGAAAGUUUGUAAAAGGUUCAGGGUAAUUUUCUGUAUUUAGAAAUUAAAAAUGUUGUGUCUGGGUGAACAACAUCAUGUAUUUUUAUUUCACUUGGGAAUUUUGUAGCCAGAUGACUAUUGUAUUGUCCUUUUGCCAGGUAUGCAGUGCUUUCAUAUUAUUAUGACCAUUUAUUGAUUAAAGCUUUGUAUUUGAUUUGGAUUGUGAAUUGGCUUUUGAAUUAUGAUCUCCAUACCUGGCUAAUAAACUGUGAUGUUUGUCUUCA